AUGACUCCUCUCACACUUGGACUGUAUCUGCCACUCUGGUUCUGUUAUGGCUGGGCUCAGUCCUCCCUUCUGGACAGCUUUAUUUCAUUCCCAGCGGCCCUCCGGUCCCAGCAGCAGCAGCAGCAGAAGCCGUUCAGCCCAUGCUGUUUACUGAGUCCGCCUCCACCCCCCCUGUUCCCUCCACCCCCUUCACUAUGGCGCCGCCACGCUCAUAAUGAAGACGAUUCAGAUGAUGGUCGUGAUCCAGAGCCGGGCAACGAGGACAAAGGUUCAGCCUGCGUCCAGGGCCCCCGGGGGCCCCCUGGCCCCUCUGGCCCUCAGGGUCCACCUGGAAUACCUGGCAUAGGAGGGACCAAGGGAGAAAAGGGAGAAAUCGGAAGACCUGGGCAAAAGGGGCGGACCGGUCCUCCUGGACUCCCUGGGAAGCUGGGGCCGGCUGGCUGGCCCGGACCAAGCGGGCCCAAAGGGGAGAAAGGUGAUCCGGGGCUGAUGGGUCUACCUGGAGCCAGAGGACCAAUCGGGCCUCGGGGUUUACCUGGGUACAAAGGGGAAAAGGGUUCUCGUGGUGAUCGUGGUGAGAGUGGAGGGAAAGGUGAUAAGGGUGGAAUGGGUUUCCCAGGAAUGCUCGGACAGAAAGGUGAGAUGGGUCCUAAAGGAGAACCGGGGACCUCCGGGAACAGAGGACCGACGGGCCGGCCGGGCAAGAGAGGCAAGCAGGGAGUUAAAGGAGACCUGGGCAGUGUGGGUCCGAUGGGACCUGCAGGCCCUCAGGGAACUCCAGGUCACCCUGGUCCUCCUGGUUCACCUGCCACAGGACUCUACAUGGUUGGGACUAAGGGGGCCCGGGGCCCUCCGGGGCCUCCUGGGAAGUGCAGCUGUGGCUCUCUGAGUAAUUCUCCAUUUGAUGAUUAUCCUUCCAGAGGAAGCUAUCCCAAAGUACCGGCGAUAUUCGUGGUGAGCAACGAGGAGGAGCUGGAGCGCCUCCACACAGAUAACGCUCUGGCCUUCAGGAAGGACCAGAGGUCUCUUUACUUCAAAGACAUCGACGGCUGGCUGCCCAUCCAGACGUUUCCGUUCCAGCUGACGCCCUUCCAGUCCAUGGAGAACGCUCCUGAUGAUGAAGGUUACUGUGGCGACGGGAUCGUUCAGGUUUCCACCGGAGAGGAGUGUGACGACAGGAACCGGGUCGUCACCGACGGCUGCGUCAAAUGUAAACACGCCUACUGUGGGGACGGGUACCGCUACGAGGGCGCCGAGGAAUGUGACGGGAAGGACUUUGGAUACCAGACGUGUAACUCAUACCUCCCAGGGUCUUAUGGUCACCUGAAGUGCACGCCGUUCUGCGUCAUCGACUCCACUAACUGCAAGUACUUCACCUGAGAGGAAGCUAACGCUGCAGCGGGAUCCUCGUGUGUUAUUUGGAAUAUUUUCAUGCAAAAAAAGAACAAUAAUGCUCCAAGCAAGAGACUCUGAAGGUAGAGGCAGCCAAUGAUUCUAUAAUGAAAGAAAAACAAAACAUAUAUAUACAGUAAAUAUAUAUAUAUAAAUAUAUAUAACUCCUCUGUAUUGCUGCUGAGAUGCCACGUAGCUCCUGGAGGUCUAGUCCGUCAGUGGAGGAGAAAACCUUCAAACAUAGGAAACACAGGACAACUGCUCAGUCUUAACCAGCAGGACUAAGACUGGCCUCCACCAUGAAUCAGCUCUGGAUGCAACAGUUGUCUGACAGCCAUGCAGAGACUUAAUUAAGCGCCAGUGGAAAUGUUGCAGAGGAGCAGUAGCCGGUUAGAGGCUAUUAAUGCUGAGAGAGAGAGAGAGGCAGUAGACAUCACAGCCUCAGAUAUUCUCCAUUAGCAUGAGAAUACUGAGACAAUGACAGCAGCUGUCUCUAUAAGCAUGUAAACCAUCACUUUACUUCUAAUAAACGGCUCGAUAUCACAUCAAGAAUAUCAGCUGUCAAAGGUCAAACAGGUAUACAGUCAGAUCAAUAAGGUUAGCUGAGGAGAUGUUCCAGUGAGACUCUUUCACCACAUUUAGAGGCUGACACGGCUUCGUUAGCUUGGUUAGCUUGGUUAGCUCGUGGUGGCUCUGUGCUGGCAGAGACUUUCAGAUCCUAAAAACCUCUCAGGAACCAACAGGUAAUGUAGCUCCACACAGCACCUUCCCAGGCACCCCACCACUCUCUUUGUAAUGAAAUGGCAGUGACUGUUCGCUGAAGCACACAGAUAACUCUGGUUUCUUCCCCGUGCUUCAGUGAGAAAUGAAAUAUUCUGUAUAUGAAGGCUUGAAACUGUUAUGUUCUUAAUGUUCUCACUGCACAGGAAAAGGCUGGGACAGUCUGUAGCUGCUAAAGGAUUACUGUAUUUACUCGUAUACCUCUUUAACGUCUUUCUGUCUUAUACAGCAACAGAGAAACUCAACAGUAACGGUGUAGAUGUAGUCUGCUGUGUGUUGGCCAACAAUGGUGGAAAUGAUUUUGCCGAUAUAAGCUGACAUUUUCCAUAAGCUGCUAUAUGAGUCGCAGUGCCAAGGGAGACCUGUUCUCAGCCAGACGUAGAUCUAGUCAGCAUAAAGUCAUUCUACUGUAAAAAGCACUGAAAGAUAAAGACUGUUACUAUAUUGUCUCCGCAUGCUUCUGAUACCGUGUUUAUGAGUGUGAAACGCUUCCGCUUUGUUUUUAAACAUCCAUCAGCGUAGCAGCGUCUUAAGAAAUGUAAUAUUAUCCAGAUGAUUAUUAUCCAGAUGAACUGUGCCAUGCACAGACCUUUAGCUGAAUGUUGUCUGUGCUGAAUCCUGUACUGUGAUGCACAAUGAUGCUGAAACAUAACAUGCAUGUGGUAAUGUACUGUGAGGCUUUAUGAAAUAUAAUAUACACUGUGACUGGGUUAGUGAAAUGUCAUUUUGUUUCAUUACUCUGAUAUGAUUUCUACUGUAGUUGUUGGUCAUUUUAAAAUAAGAAAUAAAACAGAAUUUA